AUGAAUGAUACAUUUUAUGUCACACCUGUUAGUGAACUUGAAAAACUUGAAGAUUGGAAUAAUCCAUUGGCAUUUCAAGCAGCACAUCAUCAUGAAAAUUUGAAUGUUUCCGAUACUGUUGAAGUUGAAUGGCGAUUACGUGAUCGAAUGAAAACAGUUAGUGUUGCACUUGUUAUGUGUCUUCACAUUGGUGUUGAUCCACCAGACGUAGCUAAAAUAAAUCCAUGUUCAAAACUUGAAUGUUGGAUUGACCCAUUUGCUAUGACACCUCGACGAGCACUUGAAAGUAUAGCUGCUGAAUUACAACGUCAAUAUGAACGUUGGCAAUCUAAAGCACGAUAUAAAUCAAGUCUUGACCCAACACAAGAGGAUAUUAAAAAAUUAUGUAUGACUUUACGACGAAAUGCUAGAGAAGAACGUAUUUUAUUUCAUUAUAAUGGUCAUGGUGUUCCUCGUCCAACUGCAAAUGGUGAAAUUUGGGUAUUUAAUAAAAAUUUUACUCAAUAUAUCCCAUUAUCACUAUAUGAUUUACAAAAAUGGAUGAGUUCUCCAUCUAUUUUUGUAUUUGAUUGUUCUCAUGCCGCUGUUAUACUUAAUUUAUUUGUUAAAUUUGCUGAUCAAAUUGAUAAAGAACUUGAAGAAACACGACGUAAUUUAGCACAGAAUUUUUUACCUACUCUUACACAUACACCAACACAAAUGACUCCACAACUCCCAGCAUCUUCACCUUUACAUGACAUAUUACUUGGUGCUUGUGGUGAAAAUGAACUUUUACCUAUGAAUCCCGAAUUACCAGCUGAUUUAUUUACAUCAUGUUUAACUACACCAAUUAAAAUUGCAUUACAUAUGAUUGAUAAAAUACCUGGCACUGUUACUGAUCGAAAAUCAAUGUUAGGUGAAUUAAAUUGGAUAUUUACUGCUGUUACAGAUACAAUUGCAUGGAAUUCAUUACCAAAAGAUAUAUUUCAACGAUUAUUUAGACAAGAUUUAUUAGUUGCGUCACUUUUCAGAAAUUUUCUUCUUGCUGAAAGAAUAAUGCGUUCAUAUGGAUGUCAUGUUUGCUCAAGACCAGCAUUACCACCCAUGUUUGAACAUCGACUAUGGAAUGCUUGGGAUAUGGCUUUAGAUCUAUGUCUUAAACAAUUACCAUCUGUAUUAAAACAAACCGAGAGUGGAAUACGUGAACCUGUUUAUGAGCCAAGUUCAUUUUUUGCUGAUCAAUUGACAGCAUUUUCAGUUUGGCUGAGUGAAAAUUCUUUAUUAACAUCAACAAUCGAAAGAGAAAAUUUAAAACAACCUGAACAAUUACCCAUUGUUUUACAAGUACUUCUUAGUCAAUCUCAUCGACAACGCGCACUUGAUUUACUUGCUCGUUUUCUUGAUAUUGGCACAUGGGCUGUACAUCUAGCUUUAUCUGUUGGUAUAUUCCCCUAUGUACUUCGUUUAUUACAAGCAACGAGUGAUGAUCUACGACCAUAUCUUGUUUUUAUAUGGGCAAAAAUAUUAGCAGUUGAUCGAGCAUGUCAAAUUGAUAUUAUACGUGAAAAAGGUCAUGAAUAUUUUAUAUCAACAUUAACUGAUGUUCGAUCAUCAAAUGGUGUUCGUGCAUUAGCAGCUUUCAAUCUAACUUGUUUAGUUGAUAAUUAUACCAAAGGACAAGAUGAAUUAUUACAAGUAGUACCACGUGUUGUUGAUAUUUUAAAUACACCUGUGACAUAUUUUCGUGAAACAUCUGCACUUUUUCUUUGGUCAACAUUAUUUCUUGGUCAAGCAUGGCGUUCAAAUUCGCAUGCUUGUGAAAAAGCUGUACUUAGUAGUGCACCAGAGACAUUACAAACAUUACUUGCAACACAUGAUUCACCUGAAGUUCGUGCUGCUUGUGCAUAUGCUUUAGGUACUUUUUUAUCAGCUUCAACAUCUGGUGUUGAAUUAAGUGAACGUCGUAGUGACCAAUCAAGAACAGCAACAACAUAUCUUAUAAAAAGUCUUCACGAUGGUUCGCCACUUGUUCGACAAGAAGUUCUUGUUGCUUUACAUCAUUUUUUAACUUUAUUUACUCAUACAAAUCCAAAUCCAAAUCCAACGACAGCUGCAAACAAUGCAAAUCGACCGGUUGGUCCAACAUAUAUAACUGUUUCUGAUAGAGUAAAUGAAGCUAUACGAACUGUUGCUGCCUGUGAUCCAUCUUAUGAAAUGGUUCAAAUAGCUGAAUCAAUUAUAACUGAUCCACAAAAACCAGUUCAAACAAAAUUUUUUCAAUGGUGUUGUAGUCGAUUUCGAGUAUCAAAUACAAUCACACGUGAUCUUGGUUCUGGUAUAUCACCACAAAUACGAGGUGCUUUUUAUAAUGAAGAUGAAGAUGAUUGUUUUGCACGUAGUGGACGCUAUUGGCGUAAUCAUUGUAUUCGUUCAAAUCCAAGUCGAUUAGCUGAUUUUCAACAUAUGCGUGAAACAAUAUUUAAUAAUCGAAUAUCUGCUGCUACUCCACUUGCUUUACGUCUUCAUCCAUAUGAGAAUUAUUUGACUGUUGCAAAUUCGAAUGGAAAUUUAAAUUUUUAUGAAUUAGAUGGAACUCCACGUUCAAAAUCAGCAUUAAAGGUUGGUUCAGUAGGCUCAACAAUCAAUACAUUGGAUUAUAUUAAUGCACAUGAUCGAACAUUAAUUUGUAUUGGAACUGAUAAUCAUGCUAUUCGUAUAUUUGAUGAAUCUACACAACGUCUUCUUUCAUCUUGGAUCGCUUUAUAUGAUGAACAUAAUCCUCUCCAUACUACUGCUACUACUCAUCAUCAACGUUCGCCAUCAAAUGUUUCCAGUGCGUCUUCUUCUACUACAUCGACUACAGUUUCUACAACACCCUCAAAAUUUGUUGUUGAUUGGAAUCAACAUUUAUGUCGUAUAUAUGCAUCAAGUACGGAUAUGAAUAUAGUAGCAUUAUGGGAUGUUGAACGUGAACGUUGUUUAUAUACUAUGGAUACAAAUGCAUCCAGUGGUGUAUAUUGCCUUAUAUCAGAUUCGAAUGGUUUUUGUGCAGCUGGAAUGGGUGAUGGAACUGUAAAUUGUUUUGAUACACGUUCACGUGAUAGUCCAGUGCUUAUUAUACCACCAACAACACCAAUAAAUCGUCAUUCUCCUAUAAUAAGUUUAAAUGUUAAUACAAAUGAUCGUUUAUUAUCAAUUAGUAAUAUGGGUCAAUUAAGACGAUGGGAUAUUGAAAGUGGUGUUAGUGCUGAAUUAUCUGUACCACAAACAUCACAAAAUGUGUUAGCUGCUGAUGUACAUUCAACAGGUAAUGUAUUAGCAUUAGCAACACCAAAUGCUUUACAAUUUAAAACAUGUUUUGGUGAUCUUCUUUUCGAUAUAAAACAUUCAAAAUUUGCUCAAGUAUCAUGUCUAUCUUUUCAUCAAUAUCGACAAUUACUAGCUGUUGGCUUUAAUGAUGGGUCUAUAUCGAUGUUUACCGGAAAAACAAACUCAUCUUCUCUAUAA